UGUUUUACUUUUAAAUCUGACUGCUCGUGGGUGGCAAUCAUCUGGUGAUAGGGUUUAUUUAUGUCUUUCUGUCUGUCUGUCAAGACGCUGUUUUCAAGACUUGAAUUUGUUUGCAGUGAUGGCUUUUUCAGCUACUACUUAUGAUAAAGGAAACUUUGGAAAGGUGUAUAAAGUAACGUUUGGAAAUACCCGUGCAGCUCUUAAGAAGGUGCCGUGUACUGUCGUAACUAAAGAAGAAAUUCAGAAAGAGAAAUACAUAUAUCGGUCAUUGCGUCAUUCCAAUGUGGUGAAGCUCCUGGCAGAUCCCUGGCUCGACUCUGAUGGUGUGUGGAAUAUUCCCCUGGAAUUAAUCUCUGGGAAAACUCUGGAAAAACUCAUGUUCAGCUCACAGUCAUACAUGGAGCUAACAAAGCCAGUCAUAAUCACCAUAAUUAAUGGUAUGUGUGAAGGCCUCGCUUACAUGCACAGCAAGAGUAUCGUCCACCAGGACCUCAAGCCUGACAACAUCAUGGUGGAACGCGGCACUUAUCGGGCCGUCAUAAUUGACUUGGGACUCGCCAGAUUUCAGAAGAACGGCCUUUGCUUUGGCGCAGAAGGUGGCAAUUGGUGUUACUCCGCUCCCGAGAUUUUCCAAGGAAAACCCAGAGACCAGUUCUCUGAUGUGUGGGCGAUGGGGAAAAUCCUAGCAGAGCUCCUGAUCGUGCCCAGAGCGAGACUCCCUCCCAACAUCACCCCUGUUCAGGUGUUUGCAGCCAUGAAUAUGAAUCCAUAUGGUCUCCCGGUCCAUAGAAUGGUGGACAGAUUUGUUUUAUUCAGACCAACAAUGGCGCAGAUCUUAGGACAAAUUGUUCAGGCAGGGAGAAGGUGGAUUUUGCUUACUAGCUUUUUAGGGAAUUUAGGAAUAGCUUUUUAAAAGAUUGGCAAUGAGUUUAUUAUUACUAAAUUUAGAAAACAAACUCCUUACAUUUCACUCAGUUCAGUAAAAUAUAAUUAUUAAUCAAAAAAUAUCUCGAACACAACUCUUUGCUCUCACAACUCUCCAACACUGAUCAUAAUCAAACAAUACAUACAUACAUAUGCCUAUAUUUUACUGAAUUGAGUGAAAUGAAAGAGUUUGUUUUCUAAAUGAAUAUAAAGCUAUUUAUACGUAACACAUACUAUAGAUUCACUUUCGGUAACUGUGAAGAAACUGUUACUGCUCAGAAGUUGCUCUUCAUGCCUCAGAAGACUUGAUGGAGAUCUCAUGUGUUGCGGAUGUUUCUUUUAAAACAGCGGCAGUUUCUUUCAGUUUGUAGUUCAACCACUAGAGGGUGUGUUUGGUCACCAAUAAUGUUCAUCCAAGUUCAAGAACACAGGAAGUUGGUUUACUAAUAUAGAUUUUGUUGUAAUAUAGAAGAAAAACAUUAUAAUGUUUUAACAUAUCUGUAUACUAACUUUAAUCAUAUGUAUUGAUUAUGGUUAUGAAAAAAAUAUGAUUUAAAAAAAACGAGUUGCUGUUUUUUUUUUUUUUUC